AUGCGUCGCUUUGGUGGACUGAAGGAGUUCUGCAAAAGGCACCGAGUGGACAUUCUGUGCCUGCAAGAGGUGAAAGUGACCUCGAAAACCUUGGCUCAAGGCCGACAGUACGAAGUGGAUGGCUAUGAGAGCUACUGGGCCUGCAACGAUGGCAACGGUUUCCAACGUCAGGGCCUCAACGGCUGCGCCACCUUCGUGCGGAAGGGGCUCAAUGUGGAGGCGGCCAGCUGUGCGCCGCUGGAAAGUGCUGAGUUGGAUGAUGAAGGCCGUUGUUUGUUGACGGAUCAUGGCAGUUUCGUGGUCUUCAACGUCUAUGUGCCGAACAGCCAAGGCGGCCCUCGAUUACCCUUCAAAAUGCGGUGGUUGAGAGCCUUAAGGCAGGCCAUGCAACGCGAAAGGCGCAAGGGCAAGGCAGUUCUGCUCGCAGGUGAUCUUAAUCUGAAGCAUCGGAGAUGGGACUCCCAUUGGAGCUGCCUGGGCCUCGAUCAGCAAGAUCUGGUACGCGGCCUGGAGUCCGCUAGCGCGGAGGAGACGCUGCAGGAGCUACGCUUGGUGGCCUUCCAUUGGCAAGACCUGUUGGAAGCUUUCAGGAACAAGACGGUGACGCAAAUGGAGACCAGGAUGCCUCCCUUCAUCCCGGAAAAUCCAUGGGAUUUUUCCGCAGAAUGCCUGACUUUUUGGUGGGAAAAAUAUGAAGAAAUCACCAUUUAA